AUGAUUUUGAUUUCUACCGUUUUAUUCCUCCUCCUUGCCUGCAGGCCCGCCACGGCAAUUAACGUUACCUACUACAUCGAACAACCUUUGAACACUUCAUUCACUGUUUAUGACGAAUUCAAUGGUCAUAUUCUCGGCCUUGGUGUUGGCGGUGAUGGAUUACUUGAAGUUCAACCAAACUCCACCACGCGAUGGCAUUUUGAGCAAAUUUUUGACUUCAACUACAUAAUCCGCGAGAGCAACAGCAACAGAUACAUUCAUAUCCCCGAUCCAAAACUUGGCUCACUUGCCACUGUAAGCGAAACAGCGGCGACUGUCAUUGAUCCAACAGUAUAUGACAAUGCCCAAUAUAAGUUCUACAUACGCCACGAAGGACCAGGACUGUUUUUCACUGUGGAACGUCACAGUACUGAACAACCAAACCGCUAUGUGAUCAAACUCCGAGAAAACACAGACGGAAAGCGACAGAAUUUCACCUUCAUCAAACCUCCAAAGAAGAGCAAUUAA